AUGUCAUUGACACCUUUAUCAGCUGCUUCAUCAUCAACUAGCACUACGACGAUGGUGGGAGGAGGAGGAGCAAUCAAUAGUAAUAGUACAAGUUCAACAUUAUCAUCUUCACCAUCACAAUCACUUUUAGAUCCAUCAUCAUCGAUACCAUCAUCAUCAUCAUCUCUAAGUUUAUCUGGAAAGUUAAAACCAAUGAAAAAAGUACUAUUACCUAGUUCAAUUGUAAAUUUAGAUUCAAAUAAUAAUAAUAACAAUAAUAAUAAUAAUAAUAAUAUAGUUGGUGGAUUAAAUGAAGUAUCAACAUCUACAACAACUACAUCAACAACUAUUACAACAACUACAAAUAUAAUCAUGACUACUUCUUCACAACAGUCAUCACAAUCUUCACCAACAAGUAUACCAUUCUUUUCUGGUAAUCCAAAUAUUGAAGUGAUUGAAGGAUCAAUUCAUUUAUUUGUUGACAAUGAAAUUGCAAAGGCUAAUACCAAUGCACCAUCUUCAUUAUGUUUAUUACCUUCAAGUAGAAGUAAUAUAAUUUGUUUACAUGCAGUACCAUCAUAUUUAUCAAUUCCCGAUCUCAUUCAUUUUCUUUCACAAUCAGCUGAACAUCUUGAAGAAAUGAAAAUUGUUAGAGAUGCAUCACCCAAUCGUUAUAUGGUAUUGUUAAAGUUUAGAGAUCAAUGUCAUGCUGAUGAAUUCUAUCAAUUAUAUAAUGGAAAACAUUUCUCUUCUUUUGAACCAGAAACAUGUAUAUUAUUAUUUGUUGCAAGAGUUGAAUAUCAAUUAGGAAAAUCACAAGAUUCUUAUAUAUUUUCACAAUUAACAGAGGUUGGUGGAACAUUGGUAGAGAUACCAUCGUGUCCAGUAUGUUUGGAAAGAAUGGAUGCUUCGACAUCGGGUGUUGUAACGGUAUUAUGUCAUCAUGCAUUCCAUUGUGAUUGUUUGGCUAGAUGGAAAGGUGAUAAUACUUGCCCGGUAUGUCGACACAUUCAAAUACCAUCGGUUGAAAAUAACAACAUGUGUGUCAAAUGCGAUACUACAGAGUCUUUGUGGAUUUGUAUUAUAUGUGGACACGUUGGUUGUAGUCGAUACGUCAAUUCACAUGCAAACAAACACUAUGAGGAGACAAUGCACACCUACGCACUAGAGUUGGAAACACAACGUGUAUGGGAUUAUGCAGGCGAUGGAUAUGUACAUAGAUUAAUACAAAAUAGAACCGAUGGAAAAGUGUUGGAGUUUCCAAAUCCAUCGGCAUCGUCUGAUGUCAGAGAGGGAUCACAUCUCAAAGAAGAGAAAAUAGAAUCAAUCGAAAUGGAAUAUAACUUUUUGCUAACAUCUCAACUCGAACAACAACGUGCCUUUUUCGAACAACAAAUGAUUAAAAUGGAAAAGGAAAAGGUAAACAAUAGUCAUUUCUUCAAAGAUGAAUUGGAUAAAGUAAAUGGUCGUUGGAAUACAAAACAUUUAAAAUUAAAACAAAAAAUUGAAGAAUUGGAAAAAGAAUCUUCAUUUUUACAACAAAUUAAUAGAGCAAUGAAAGAUAAUCAAGAAAAAUAUAAAAAACAAGAUGAUGAAAAGGAACAACAAAUUCAAGAUUUAACAGAAGAGUUGAGAGAUUUAAGAUUCUUUAUAGAGGCACAAAGAACCAUUAAUGAGAAUAGUGAAAUGAGAGAUGCUUCUGUUACAGUUGGUCCUCCUAAAAAAUCAAAACCAAAAAAGAAAUAA